AAAAUCAUGCUUAUGAGUAUUGCACUCGUCAGAAGUAUUUACUGCAAUAAGUGAUAAAUUGAGCCCAUAGAAUGUAAUAACAAUAAUUUACCAUUUGUUACUGCAUUAAGAAAAAGAAAACAAUAGCUUUGUAGUUAAAUUGGAGAAACUGUUAAAACAGUCUGUCAUACAGGUUGAGGUGGCUGUUCAACAAUAAGAGUCACUUCACCUCAGUCCGACAUUUGCUCCGGUAAGUGACGGAUCUAUUUUCAACGGGAGGUUGGACCGAUACGGGAGCGUCACACAGAAAGCAAAGACACGGGGAUAAAACACACUGUCCUUCCCCGCCACAGUUCACGGAAUUUACCUGUUUUCACAAGGAUAUUUUCACAUGCGAACAUCGGAUAUUUAUGAACAUCUGCACCGUUUAUAUAAGUAGCCUGAGGGGGAAAAGAAAGCAAGAAUGGAACAAAAUCUAUUUGGUGGGGCUCCACGCUUCCUAACUCGACCCAAGGCCUUCUCACUGUGCGUGGGACGAGAUGCCUCCCUCAGCUGCACUAUUGUGGGAAACCCUGUUCCUGUAGUCACCUGGGAGAAAGAUAAGAUGCUUCUUUCUGCAGCUGGACGCUUCAAAACAGUAGAAGAUGGUGAUGUCUACCGACUUACCAUCUAUGAUUUAACUCUUGAAGACAGCGGUCAGUACAUGUGUCGUGCCAAGAACAAUGUCGGAGAGGCAUAUGCAGCUGUGACCCUGAAGGUGGGACUGCCGGAAACUGUGAUUGAUCGGGCCCCAGUGUUUACAGUAAAGCCUGUCUCCACCCGUGUGGGUCUAGGGGGUGAUGUUACCUUCUAUUGUCGGGUGGCAGCCCAUCCAGCACCCAACUUUGACUGGGAAAAGGAUGGUCGCUACCUGGGUGAGACCAACCGCAUCAAGAUAAUCUCAGAAAAUGAAUCCAGUUCCUUGAGGAUCCAGAGUGUUAGGAGCUUGGACAGUGGUACCUACACCUGCCGUGCACAGAACUCCAUUGGCCGUGCUCAUGCCGCUGCUGCUCUGGUGGUCGACCUUCAAGAUACUCAUCUCCUGAAUGCAGACAAGAGCUCAUCCCUCCUCUCACACAUGCAGAAGCGGAAAGAAGACAUGCGGAAGGACAUCUCCUUAUACCGCACCAUGGAAACUUCUUCAACCACGCAUACAGCUUCAUCUUCCAUGAUCACAGAGGAACUUGGAAGCUUGGGACUCGCCUAUGAUCAGAAGCAGAGGGUUUCGGCCUUAACCAGCAUGUUGCCCAAAGGUGUGUUCACCCGCACUUGUAUGCUGACCGAGGGUAAACAUGCAAAGCUUAGCUGUUUCGUCACAGGCCAUCCCAAACCUCAGAUCAUCUGGAGGAAGGAUGGGGCGAACAUCAGUGAGGGCCGCAGACAUGUUAUGUAUGAGGACCAGGCUGAGAAUUUCAUCCUCAAGGUGCUCUACUGCAAACAAAGUGAUAAUGGGCUGUACACCUGCAAUGCAUCCAACUUGGCUGGACAAACCUAUAGCGCUGUGCUAGUGAUUGUCAAAGAGCCAAAGAUUCCAUUCAAAAAGAAGCUGCAGGAUGUCGAGGUGAAGGAAAAGGAAACGGCAACUUUGCAGUGUGAGGUGCCAAUGCCGAACACUAAGGCCAGCUGGUUUAUGGAGGAGACCCAUCUGGAGGAAAGUGCCAAGUACCGCAUGGAUGUGGAGGGCACUCUGCGCCGCCUCACCAUUCACCAUGUCACCACCAAUGAUGAUGCCGUCUACAUCUGUGAAAUGAAGGAAGGCAGCCGCACUGUGGCCGAACUUACAGUGCUGGGCAACAUCACUAAAAAGCUGCCGAGGAGGACAGUGGUGCCAGUUAGUGAUACCGUGAUCUUCUGUGUGGAACUGGAGAAACCAGUAGAUGAUGCAUACUGGACCAGGAAUGGGGAGAGGCUGAAAGAGGACUCCCGAAUUAUUAUCGCCCGCAUUAACAGACAGUACACACUGACCAUUCGUGAAUGUACUGCGGAAGACUCGGGCGAAGUAGCCUUCAUCGCCCAUGACUGCAAGACAUCCACCCGCUUCUCCGUCACAGCACCAAGGAAACAUCCCCCAGAUCCUCCAGUUGAGCCAGUGGUGCGGAACAAGACAGAUUCAUCGAUCACACUCUGCUGGUCUCCACCGGACAGUGAACGGCCUGUGCCCAUCACCGGCUAUAUCGUGGAGCGCAGGAAAGUAGGAGUCCAAACCUGGGUUAAAGUCACUAGUAUAACUGUGUCUAGCACUGAAUACACCAUCAGUGAAAUUCCAGAAGAGGCAAGCUAUCAGUUCCGCAUCUCAGCGGUCAAUGAUUUUGGUCAGAGUGCCUAUUUGGAGGUUCCUGGAACAUUUUACCUUGAGCCCACAGCAUCAGUGAAGGCAGGCCUGGUGAACUGCAGUGCACAUGUAGGUGAAGAAGCUACCUUCACUGUUGAGCUCUCAACCGUAUGUUCCGGCUCCUGGACCAUAAAUGACAGAAUGAUCCGCAGUGGAUCUGAGUAUCUGAUCACACGCUCAAAGACCACACACACGCUGGUCAUCAGAGAGGUGUCCAUGGAACUGAAUGGAGCACAGGUCAAGUUUGUGGGUGGUGGAUCUCAGAGUGGUGCCACGCUUAGUGUGAAAGCCGCACCUGCACGUUUCACCAAUAAGUCUUCUCAGGCGGAGGUGUUUACUUUCAGCAUGCACUCUUCUGCUCAGAUGUACACAGAAGUGUCCGAUUCAAGUGUCCAGGUUGUUUGGAUAAAGAAUGGGAAGGAGCUGAGAAUGGGUAAAAAAUAUGAAGCCACAAGUAUGGAGCGCAAACGCAUACUGACAGUCCACAAUGUUGACCAUGAGGACGUGGGCAUCUAUGAAUGCAUGUGUGAUGGCGACAAAAUGUCUGUCCAACUUGCCCUUAAAGAAGAACCGACUAAGUUUCUUAACAAGCCAAGGGCUCAGCUCCAGCAGAAUGCUGCUCUGGUGGGUGAUGUGGUGUUGAGCUGUGAGGUUGCUUCUCCUGGAACUGCUGUUGUGUGGAAGAAAGAACAGAUAGAAAUAAUGGAGGACAAGAGGACAACUUUUAUAUCUCAGGGGACACAAAGGAAGCUGGUCAUCAAGGGUGCCAAGCAGAGCGAUGAAGGACACUACUCGUGUGAGACGGCAGAGGACAAAAUGACAUUCCUGGUCAAGAUAAAAGAAACUCGUGCUGCUUUCACCAACAAGGACUCUUAUCAGAAGGAAGUGAAGGUUUCAGCCUCCCAAAAAGCCACACUGAGCUGUGAAGUUUCUGAUGCCAAGACUGAGGUGAAAUGGUUCAAGGAUGGCAAGCAGUUGAUUACCAGUAAGACUGUCCACAUGGAGUCAAAGGGCAAGAGCCGCCAGCUGCUGCUGGAGAAUGUGGAGAAGAAGGAUGCUGGAGAAUAUACCUGUGAAGUUGGAAAUGAUAAGCUGGCCUUUAAGAUUUGGGUGGAAGACAUUCAAGCUGCCUUCUCCAACAAGGAUUCCUACCAGAAAGAGGUCAGAGUAGCAGUUUCCCAGAAGGCCAUACUGAGCUGUGAAGUUUCUGAUGCCAAGACUGAGGUGAAAUGGUUUAAGGAUGGCAAGCAGUUGAUUUCCAGUAAGACUGUCCACAUGGAGUCAAAGGGCAAGAGCCGUCAACUAGUGCAGGAUAAUGUGCAGAAGAAGGAUGCUGGAGAAUAUACCUGUGAAGUUGGAGAUGAAAAGCUGGUCUUUAAGAUUUGGGUGGAAGACAUUCAAGCCGCCUUCUCCAACAAGGACUCUUAUCAGAAGGAAGUGAAGGUUUCAGUCUCCCAAAAAGCCACCCUGAGCUGUGAAGUUUCUGAUGCCAAGACUGAGGUGAAAUGGUUCAAGGAUGGCAAGCAGUUGAUUUCCAGUAAGACUGUCCACAUGGAGUCAAAGGGCACGAGCCGUCAACUAGUGCAGGAUAAUGUGCAGAAGAAGGAUGCUGGAGAAUAUACCUGUGAAGUUGGAGAUGAAAAGCUGGUCUUUAAGAUUUGGGUGGAAGACAUUCAAGCGGCCUUCUCCAACAAGGACUCUUAUCAGAAGGAAGUGAAGGUUUCAAUCUCCCAAAAAGCCACACUGAGCUGUGAAGUUUCUGAUUCCAAGACUGAGGUAAAAUGGUUCAAGGAUGGCAAGCAGUUGAUUUCCAGUAAGACUGUCCACAUGGAGUCAAAGGGCAAGAGCCGUCAGCUGGUGCUGGAUAAUGUGGAGACAAAGGAUGCUGGAGAAUAUACCUGUGAAGCUGGAAAUGAUAAGCUGGCCUUUAAGAUUCGGGUGGAAGACAUUCAAGCUGCAUUCGCCAACAAGAUUUCCUACCAGAAAGAGGUCAGAGUAGCAGUUUCCCAGAAGGCCAUCCUGAGCUGUGAAGUUUCUGAUGCCAAGACUGAGGUGAAAUGGUUUAAGGAUGGCAAGCAGUUGAUUUCCAGUAAGACUGUCCACAUGGAGUUAAAGGGCAAGAGCCGUCAGCUGGUGCUGGAUAAUGUGCAGAAGAAGGAUGCUGGAGAAUAUACCUGUGAAGUUGGAGAUGAAAAGCUGGUCUUUAAGAUUUGGGUGGAAGACAUUCAAGCCGCCUUCUCCAACAAGGACUCUUAUCAGAAGGAAGUGAAUGUUUCAGUCUCCAAAAAAGCCACCCUGAGCUGUGAAGUUUCUGAUACCAAGACUGAGGUGAAAUGGUUCAAGGAUGGCAAGCAGUUGAUUUCCAGUAAGACUGUCCACAUGGAGUCAAAGGGCAAGAGCCGUCAGAUGGUGCUGGAGAAUGUGGAAAAGAAGGAUGCUGGAGAAUAUACCUGUGAAGCUGGAAAUGAUAAGCUGGCCUUUAAGAUUCGGGUGGAAGACAUUCAAGCUGCCUUCGCCAACAAGGAUUCCUACCAGAAAGAGGUCAGAGUAGCACUUUCCCAAAAGGCCAUACUGAGCUGUGAGGUUUCUGAUGCCAAGACUGAGGUGAAAUGGUUCAAGGAUGGCAAGCAGUUGAGUUCCAGUAAGACUGUCCACAUGGAGUCAAAGGGCAAGAUACGUCAACUUGUGCAGGAUAAUGUGCAGAAGAAGGAUGCUGGAGAAUAUACCUGUGAAGUUGGAGAUGAAACACUGGUCUUUAAGAUUUGGGUGGAAGACAUUCAAGCUGCCUUCUCCAACAAGGACUCUUACCAGAAGGAAGUGAAGGUUUCAGCAUUCCAGAAAGCCACACUGAGCUGUGAAGUUUCUGACAUCAAAACUGAGGUGAAAUGGUUCAAGGAUGGCAAGCAGUUGAGCUCCAGUAAAACUGUCCACAUGGAGUCAAAGGGCAAGAGCCGUCAGCUGGUGCUGGAGAAUGUGGAGAAGAAGGAUGCUGGAGAAUAUACCUGUGAAGUUGGAAAUGAGAAACUUGACUUUAAAAUUCAAGUGACAGACAUUCAAGCUGCCUUCACCAACAAGGACUCCUAUCAGAAGGAAGUCAAAGCAGCAGCUUCCCAGAAGACCACACUGAGCUGUGAAGUUACUGACAUAAAGACCGAGGUGAAAUGGUUCAAGGAUGGCAAGCAGUUGAGCUCCAGCAAGACUGUCCACAUGGAGUCAAAGGGCAAGAGCCGUCAGCUGGUGCUGGAGAAUGUAGAGAAGAAGGAUGCUGGAGAAUAUACCUGUGAAGUUGGAAAUGAGAAACUUGACUUUAAAAUUCAAGUGACAGACAUUCAAGCUGCCUUCACCAACAAGGACUCCUAUCAGAAGGAAGUCAAAGCAGCAGCUUCCCAGAAGACCACACUGAGCUGUGAAGUUACUGACAUUAAGACCGAGGUGAAAUGGUUCAAGGAUGGCAAGCAGUUGAGCUCCAGCAAGACUGUCCACAUGGAGUCAAAGGGCAAGAGCCGUCAGCUGGUGCUGGAGAAUGUAGAGAAGAAGGAUGCUGGAGAAUAUACCUGUGAAGUUGGAAAUGAGAAACUUGACUUUAAAAUUCAAGUGACAGACAUUCAAGCUGCCUUCACCAACAAGGACUCCUAUCAGAAGGAAGUCAAAGUAGCAGCUUCCCAGAAGACCACACUGAGCUGCGAAGUUACUGACAUUAAGACCGAGGUGAAAUGGUUCAAGGAUGGCAAGCAGUUGAGCUCCAGCAAGACUGUCCACAUGGAGUCAAAGGGCAAGAGCCGCCAGCUGCUGCUGGAGAAUGUGGAGAAGAAGGAUGCUGGAGAAUAUACCUGUGAAGUUGGAAAUGAGAAACUUGCCUUUAAAAUUCAGGUGACAGAUAUUCAAGCUGCCUUCACCAACAAGGACUCCUACCAGAAGGAAAUCAAAGUAGCUGCUUCCCAAAAAGCCACACUGAGCUGUGAGGUUUCUGACCCCAAGACUGAGGUAAAAUGGUUCAAAGAUUGCAAGCAGUUGAGCUCCAGUAAGACUGUCCACAUGGAGUCAAAGGGCAAGAGCCGCCAGCUGGUGCUGGAUAAUGUGGAGACAAAGGAUGCUGGAGAAUAUACCUGUGAAUUUGGGAAUGAAAAGCUGCCAUUUAAGAUUCAGGUGACAGAGCUCAAAGCUGCAUUCACCAACAAAGACUCUUAUCAGAAGGAAGUGAAGGUUUCAGCUUCCCAAAAAGCCACACUGAGCUGUGAAGUUUCUGAUGCCAAGACUGAGGUGAAAUGGUUCAAAGAUGGCAAGCAGUUGAUUUCCAGUAAGACUGUCCACAUGGAGUCAAAGGGCAAGAUCCGUCAACUGUUGCUGGAGAAUGUGGAAAAGAAGGAUGCUGGAGAAUAUACCUGUGAAGUUGGAAAUGAGAAACUUCUCUUCAAGAUUCAGGUGAAAGAUGUUUCUACCAAAUUCCAGAAGACAUCUGUGACAAAAGAAACUGUGAUGGUUGAGUCAACAGAAAAGGUUGUUUUAAAAACCGAGGUAAUGUCAGAGAAUUGUAGUGUUCAGUGGUUCAGGGAUGGAAUAGAACUGAAAGACGAAUCAAAGUAUGAGAUGAAACAGGAAGGUCGCUCAUGUGUCCUUAUCGUUAAGUCGUCUGAAUCUAAAGACAGCGGCACCUACUCUUGUCAGACGGUUGAUGACAAAGUGGAGUUCAAGGUUCAAGUCAAAGAUGCACCUUUAAAGUUUGUGGUGCCAUUGCAGCCAGUGUCUGCAGUACUAGAAAGCACCAUGACACUUUCCUGCAGUCUCAACAAAGCUACAGGUAGUGUCCUCUGGAAGCAUAACGGCAAAGAAAUCAAACCAGGUGGCAGAUUCAGUGUCCGCACUGAUGGCACCAACUGCAUCUUGACUGUCUCUGCUGUGGCUCAGGAGGAUGAAGGGGAGUACAGCUGUGAAUGCAAAGAUGACAAGACCACCACCAAAGUCACUACUAAAGCCCCACGUCUGGUAAGGUUCACUACCAGGCUGAACAAUGUUGUUGCAAAUGAAGGCAAAGAUGCUAUCUUUAAAUGCUCCAUCACACCAGCUGAUGUGAGUGUCAGAUGGCUGCGUAAUGACAUUCCUAUUACAGCUAGUCCCAAAUUUAAGAUUGCUCAUGGAGGAAGCAGUCAUUCCCUCACCAUCACAGCUGUCACUCAGGAGGAUGCAGGAGAGAUCUGUAUUGAUGCCGAGGGAAAAGUGUGCAAAGCCACACUCCAAGUACAACAGCUUCCUGUCACCUUCAAGAAGAAGCUUGCAGAUGUGACUGUAACUGAGCAGGACACAGUUCAUUUAGAAGUGGAGCUGAGUAAACCCUCAACAGAUGUGAAGUGGAUGAAGAAUGGUGUGGUGCUACAGCAAGGAGAAAAUAUGAAGAUCCAUGUGGAUGGUGCCAAGCAGGCUUUGGUCCUCAAGAGUGUGGCGUAUGCUGACAGAGGACAUUACUCAUGUGAAACCCUAGAUGACAAGACCCAGGCCAAACUGACAGUAGAGAUUAAGAAGAUUCAAAUCAUAAAAGGCAUAAAAGAGAUGAAAGUGCAAGAAAAAGAGACCAUCACUAUGGAGGUGGAGCUAAGCAAGACUGAUGUAGAUGGUUCCUGGAGCAAAGAUGGAAAGAACCUAAAGGCAGGACCUAUUAUCAUCAUUACUGCACUGGGCAACAAGCACUGCUUGACUAUGUCCCAGCUGAAGAAAACUGAUGGUGGAACUAUAACUUUCCAAGCUGAGGAUGUCCAUACUUCUGGCAAACUAAUUGUUACAGAGCCUGCUGCAAAGAUCCUCAAACCUAUACGGGAUAUCAGUUCUCCUGAAAAGGAGAAAAUCACUUUUGAAUGUGAGGUGUCAAGAGCAAAUGCUGAUGUCAAGUGGUUUAAGGAUGAUGAGGAACUGAAGCCAGGAAAGAAAUAUGGCAUCCAUUCCCAGAUCAAUAAGCGCACCCUUGUCAUCCAUAAGUGUGCAUAUGAAGACCAGGGCCAGUAUAUAUGUAAAACAACAGAUGACAAUACUUCAGCCAAGCUCACUGUUCACGCUAGAGAUAUUAAAAUAGUGAAGCCGCUGCAGGACAUGGAGGUGACAGAGAAGGAGGGUGCAACAUUUGUCUGUGAGAUCUCCCACGAUGAGGUCGAGGCUCAAUGGUACAAAGGAGAUGCCAAACUCAAAGACGGAGACAACAUAAAGAUAAGGCAGGAGGGAAGAACAUACAUUCUGCUCUUCAAAUCUGUAAAGGCUGAGGACGCAGGUGAAAUCAAGUUCACAGCUGAGAAGGCCUCUUCAGCUGCUAAACUGAAGGUUAAAGAGCAGGCUAUCAGCAUAGUGCGGGAGCUGAGUUCUGUGGAGGUGACCGAGCCAUUUGCUGCCCACUUUGAGGUGGAAGUCAGUGUGGAGACAGUCAAGCCAGUGAAGUGGAUGCUGAAUGGGGAACAGCUGAAGGAGAGUGCAGAUAUCGAGAUGGAGAAAGAAGGAACCAUGCACCGCCUCACUUUUAAAAAGACCAAGGCCUCCAUGUCAGGCCCAGUACAGUUCACUACUGGAAAGAGUAAAUCAACAGCCGAGCUCAAAGUGAAAGAACGUCCCAUUGAAGUCCUGGAGCCUCUCAAAGAUGUGUCAGCCAAGGAAAAGACUUCCACCACACUAUGCUGCAAGUUCUCUGCCUCACCAAAAGAAGUACGGUGGUUUAAGGGUCAAACUGCUUUGGAGGCUUCUAGCAAAUACAGCAUGAAGCAAAAGGAUGCUAAUGUGCAGCUGAUCAUACAAACUUUGAGGGCAGAGGACUCUGGAGAGUAUCGCUGUCAGGUCGGGGUCUGUGAGAGCAAAGCCAUUCUCAAAGUAGAAGUGCGUAAAAUCCAGAUCACCAAACAUCUGACAGACGUGGAGGUGGAUGAAGAUGGUGAUGCUGUGUUCACCUGUGAGGUUAACUAUGCUGAUGAAGAGGUCCAGUGGACACUCAAUGACAAGCCACUCUUCAGCAAUGAGGUCAAUGCCAUCACCCAUGUGGAUAAGACCCAUACGCUCACCCUCAAGAACCUAGCACCUGAGGAUGGUGGGAAGGUGUCAUUCAGCAUCAGGGAUUUGAAAGAAACAGUCUGCCUAAAGGUCAAAGAGAAAAAAGCCAUCUUCCUGAAGUUGUUGGAUGAUGUAGUUGCAGAGGAGAAGGGUACAGUUACCCUUAAAUGUGAAGCCUCAAAGCCCAGAGUGGCCCCUGUGUGGCGCAAAGAUGGUACAGUCCUGUCAGCAGGCAAAAAGUAUGAACUCCUCCAUGAUGGUAAGACCUUGGGACUUACUAUCCAUGAUGUCACGCAAGCUGACGCCGGGGAGUACAGCUGUGAUCUUGGCACAGACCUCUCCAAGUCCAAGGUCACUGUUAGAGAUAUCCACAUCGGGAUCACCAAGCGUUUUAAGUCGGUGGAGGCCAAAGCAGGUGAAAACUGCACAUUCGAGUGUAUCUUGUCCCGAGAAAGUUCAGAGAAGUGCACCUGGAGCCUAAAAGGCCAACCUGUCACUGAUGGAGGCCGUUUCCAGAUAAGCAGCAAAGGGCGCAAGUAUACCUUAACAAUCAAAGCUGUCUCAGCUUCUGAUUCUGGUGAGGUGGUCUUCACUCUCAAGGAUCUGAGCUCAAAGGCAACACUUACGGUUGAGGGUGAAGCUCCUACCAUAUCUAAAGAGCUUCAGGGUGUCAGUGCCAGAAUUGGUGAAGAUGCCACAUUCUCCUGUGAGCUUUCUCAAUCUGGACUGGAAGUGAAGUGGUCAAAGGAUGGCAAGUCUAUCAGAAAAAGCCAGAAAUAUGAAAUCAGUCAGGAGCAGACGCUUGUAAAGCUGGUAAUCCGCAAUGUCACUGAAAAAGACUCUGGAGAAUACAGCUGUGAGGUCACCGGUGGUCCAACCUCCAAGGCCAAACUGGAGAUCAAAGAACUGGCAAACAAAUUCAUUCGUGAGCUGAAGGAUGCCACUGCAGAAGAGAAGAGUGCUGUCUCCUUUGAUUGUGAGACAGCCCAACCUGCCUCUAAAGUCACCUGGCUGAAAGGAGCAAAGGAGAUCAGGGCUGGAGGAAGGUAUGAGGUUACACAAAAGGGAACUGUCCUCAUCCUCAAAGUGAAGGAUCUGGAGAAAAGUGACAGCGAGGUGUACACCUGUGACAUUGGCUCUGCGAAGUGUACAGCUAAAUUGACAGUGAAAGUGGUACCAGCUAGGUUUAAGGGGCAGAUGAAGAACCAGCAGGUUACAGAAGGUGGGAAAGUCUUACUUUCCUGUGAGCUCUCAAAACCUGGCUGCCAAGUGCUAUGGAAAAAGGGAACGGAAAGUCUGAAACAUGGGGGAAGAUAUCAGAUAACGCAGAGGGACACCAUGUGUGAGCUACAGAUUUCAGACUUAGUGCCUGAGGACAGUGGAGAAUAUUCCUGUGAAUGUGGAAAUGAAAAAACAACAGCAAAUGUUGUUGUCAAUGCAUUACCGGUGGUCUUCAGACAUGAGCUACAAAGCCAAGAGUGUGAUGAAGGAGACAGCGUUACUCUUCACUGUGAACUCUCAAAACCUGGAGUUCCAGUUGUUUGGAAGAAAGGAACGCAGGCGCUCCAUUCUGGCGAAAAGUACCUCAUCAAACAAGAUGGGGCUACUGUUGAGUUGAAAAUCGCUGACUUCAGAAAUGAAGAUGCUGGACAAUAUACAUGUUUGUGUGGGGACAAAAAGACUACAACAAACAUUAAGAUCAAGGCAUUGAUCUUCAAACAAGAGCUACAAAACCAGGAGUGUCAAGAAGCAGACAGUGUAACUCUUCGGUGUGAGCUCUCCAAACCAGGAGUGCCAGUGGUUUGGAGGAAAGGAACGCAAGUGAUCCAUUCUGGAGAGAAAUAUCAUAUCAAGCAAGUUGGUUCUGUUUUUGAGCUGAAGAUCACUGAUGUCAAACCUGAAGAUGCUGGAGUCUAUAGUUGUGAUUGUGGGUUUAACAAGACCUCAUCUACCAUUACCGUCAAUGCACUUCCAGUGGUCUUCAUACAUGAGCUGCAAAACUUGGAGUGUGAUGAAGGAGGCAGUGCUACUCUGUCCUGUGAGCUUUCCAAACCUGGUGUCCCUGUGCAGUGGAAAAAAGGAAGCCAUGUUAUCCAAUCUGAAGGAAAGUACGUCAUCAGGCAGUUUGCCUCAAAGGUGGAGCUGAAGAUCACAGAUCUCAAACCUGAAGAUGAAGGACACUACACAUGUGUAUGUGGAGACAAGGCAACCACAGCCAAUAUGAAGAUCAAGGUUCUGAAGGCUCAUGCACCCUCAUACCAACCAGGACUUCAAAAGCAGACUACUGAGCAGGGGGCAUCAGUUGAUGCUCUAAAGUUUCUCCGUCCUUAUGCUGCCCUUGAAUCAGACUUCCAGAAGCAGAAGAAAGAGAAACAGGCAGUGCUCAGUGCUCACCCAAUUCACUUUACGGAAGUACUGCUAAACCAAGCAUGUGAUGAAGGUGGCAGUGUUACUCUGCGAUGUGAACUCUCAAAACCUGGAGUUCCUGUGGUUUGGAGGAAAGGAACACAGGUGAUCCAUUCUGGAGGAAAGUACCUCAUCAAACAAUUUGGGGCUACGGUUGAGUUGAAGAUCAUUGAUGUUAAACCUGAAGAUGCUGGAGACUAUGCUUGUGAUUGUGGAGACAACAUCACCACUGCUAACAUCAAAGUCAAUGAAUUACCAGUGGUCUUCAAGCGUGAGCUGCAGAACCAACAGCUUCAAGAGGGGGACAGUGUCACUUUGCACUGUGAACUCUCAAAACCUGGAGUUCCUGUAGUUUGGAGGAAAGGAACACAGGUGAUCAGUUCUGGAGGAAAGUACAUCAUCAAGCAAAUUAGCUCUACUGUUGAGCUGAAGAUCACUGAUGUCAAACCUGAAGAUGCUGGAGAUUAUGUUUGUGAUUGUGGAGACAACAUAACAACUGCCAAUGUCAAGGUUAAUGCUCUUCCAGCCACCUUCACACAAGAGCUGAAAAACCAGACGGCUAUUGAAGGAGAAAGCAUCAUUUUCCAGUGUGAGCUCUCCAAACCUGGAGUUCCUGUAGUUUGGAGGAAAGGGACUCAGGUGAUCCAUUCUGGAGGGAAGUACCUCAUCAAACAAGUUGGCUCUAAUGUUGAGCUGAAGAUCACUGAUGUCAAACCUGAAGACGCUGGAGAUUAUAUUUGUGAUUGUGGAGACAACAUCUGCACUGCUUACAUCAAAGUCAAUGCAUUACCAGUGGUAUUCAAACAUGAGCUACAGAACCAAGAGAUUCAGGAAGGGGACAGUGUUACUUGGCGAUGUGAACUCUCAAAACCUGAAGUUCCUGUGGUUUGGAGGAAAGGAACACAGGUGAUCAGUUCUGGAGGAAAGUACCUCAUCAGGCAAGCUGGCUCUACUGUUGAGCUGAAGAUCACUGGUGUCAAACCUGAAGAUGCUGGAGACUAUGCUUGUGAUUGCGGAGACAGCAUUACAACAGCCAAUGUCAAGGUUAAUGCUCUUCCAGCCACCUUCACACAAGAGCUGAAAAACCAGACAGCUACUGAAGGAGAAGGCAUCAUUUUCCAUUGUGAGCUCUCCAAACCUGGAGUUCCUGUGGUUUGGAGGAAAGGGACUCAGGUGAUCCAUUCUGGAGGAAAGUACCUCAUCAAACAAGUUGGCUCUACUGUUGAGCUGAAGAUCACUGAUGCCAAACCUGAAGAUGCUGGAGAGUAUGCUUGUGAUUGCGGAGACAGCAUUACAACAGCCAAUGUCAAGGUUAAUGCUCUUCCAGCCACCUUCACACAAGAGCUGAAAAACCAGACAGCUACUGAAGGAGAAGGCAUCAUUUUCCAUUGUGAGCUCUCCAAACCUGGAGUUCCUGUGAUUUGGAGGAAAGGGACUCAGGUGAUCCAUUCUGGAGGAAAGUACCUCAUCAAACAAGUUGGCUCUACUGUUGAGCUGAAGAUCACUGAUGUCAAACCUGAAGAUGCUGGAGACUAUGCUUGUGAUUGCGGAGACAGCAUUACAACAGCCAAUGUCAAGGUUAAUGCACUUCCAGCCAUCUUCACACAAGCACUGAAGAACCAGACAGCUGUUGAGGGAGAGACAAUCAGCUUCCAGUGUGAGCUCUCCAAAGCAGACAUUCUAGUUGAGUGGCGCAGGGGUGAAAUUGGCCUAUGCCCCUGUGCUAAAUAUGAAUUCAAGCAAGAUGGCCACUGUGCCCAACUGUUCAUACAUGACCUUGAACCUGAGGACUCUGGUGACUAUAUCUGUGACACUGGAGAGCGCCAAAGCAUUGCAAAUCUGGAAGUUAAGGGUAGGCUUGGAUUGAACCGUCUUUAUCUCCUGUAUCAUUUGAAGCCGUUUCUUCAUGAUGACCUUGAAACACUUGUUUACUCAACUUUUGCAGCACUGCCAGUUCUUUUCAAAUCACCUCUGAAAAAUUUGGAAAGUAAAGCUGGGAAAAAUGCAGUUUUUCGAUGUGAACUUGACAAAGCUGGAGCCAAAGUCAUCUGGAGGAAAGACAAGAGUGUAAUAGAAGCAAGCAAAAAAUAUCAGCUGAAGCAAGAUGGGGCUGUUGCUGAGCUUAUCAUUUACAAGCUGCAAGGAGGAGACGCUGGAGAGUACGGCUGUGAAACAGAACAUGAUCGGACAUCUGCCAAACUUGUAGUGAAGGAACCUGAAAUCAUAAUCUUAACUGGCUUGAAGAGCUGCAUUGUCAAUGAAGGCGAGGACGUUCAUUUCGAAUGCCUUGUCUCUCAUGACAAUGCACUCAUUGUUCAGUGGACGCUGCAAGACGUUCCACUACAGAACAAUGAGAUGAAUGAAAUCCGAAUGGAAGGCAAAAGGCACACACUUACACUAAGAAGUGUCACCCAGAAAGACUCGGGCACGGUGUCCUUCCAUGUUGGUGCACACACUUCUUUUGCUUGUCUUACAGUUAAAGCAAUCCCUGUGCUAUCAUUUGUGAAGGAGUUAACAAGCCAGGAAGUCACAGAGGGAGGCAGUGCUUCAUUAUGUUGUGAAACUUCAAUCCCUGAUGCCAAUGUGACCUGGAAGAAGGGCACUCAGGUCCUACCUGAUGGAAAGAAGUAUUCCAUAAAGAAGGAUGGCACAUUCCAAACCUUGGAAAUCCAUAAGCUAUCAGUGGACGAUGGUGGCGAGUAUAUAUGUGAAGCAGGAGACAAACGAACCAAAGCUACAUUGACCGUCAAAGAAUGUGUAAAAAUCACAAGAGAAUUAAAGGAUGUGACUGUGAUAGCGGGAGAGGAUGCUAUCUUCCAGUGUGAGGUUUCCCAUACAGGGGUUACGAAUGUCGAGUGGUGGCUCGGCUCCAACCACCUUCAAAACAAUGACUUGAAUCAAAUCAGCUGCCGAGGGAGGGAACACAGCCUAGUGCUGAAAAUGGUCACACCCGAUGAUUCAGGUGAUGUAGCCUUUGUGGUUGGCCCUGAGAAGAGCAUCGCCUACUUGUUGGUGCAGGAGAAACCCAAAGUCGUAUUCUUAGAGAAGCCUCUGGACUUAACUGCCAAAGAGGGUCAAACAGUCACACUGUCCUGCAUGACUUCUGACCCUGAGGCCUCUGUUGCCUGGUACAAAGAUGAAGCGAUGAUAAAGGCAGGUGGACGCUAUCUGCUCUACAAGGAUAGAGCCGUCCAUCAGCUCCGCAUCCUUAGGGUGGAGGAAGGAGAUGCAGGGCUGUAUACAUGCAAAACCAAAGAUGCAGAAAGCUGCGCCACCCUUACUGUUAAAGGUCAACCUGCAUACUUCCGGAAGGAGUUAGAGAACCAGAAUGCAAUAGAGGGAGAUAGUAUUACCUUGCUCUGUGAACUCUCUAAGCCAGUUAAAAGUAUAGAAUGGAGAAAGGGUGGAGUGGUUCUCCAACCCAGUAAGAAAUUUGAGAUGAAACAGGAAGGAUGUGUGCUGGAGCUCCUUGUCCAUAAUCUGGAACCAGAGGACAAUGGCUACUACACUUGUGAUGCUGGAAACCAGUUAACCACAGCAUCAGUCACUGUGCAAGAGGCUGAGGUUCUCAUAGUAUCGGGUAUAAAGAAUACAGAUGUGUUUGUGGGCGAACAGGCAACUUUCUCCUGCCAGCUCUCUCGCCGUGCCAAAGGCAGAGUUCAGUGGUGGUUAGACAGCACUCGUUUGGAGAACAGUACCUUCAGUGAAAUAAGUGUGGGUGAAGACCAUGUCCACACUCUCACUCUAAGGAACCUUUCUCCCAAUGAUUCGGGUACAGUCCUGUUCAAAACAGGUGCCCUGAUGUCCUCUGCCAAGCUGUUAGUGAAAGCUAAACCAAUUGACAUUCUCCAAGAGCUGAGUAAUGUGGAGACCAUUAAUGGCGGGGAAGCACUUUUUGAAUGCUCCUUGUCUCGUCCGGAAACCAAAGACUGCCGGUGGUUAAUCGAUGGCAAGCCUGUAAAGGAGUCUGCAAAAGUGGAGAUUGUUUCCUUUGAGAGUGGCAGACGCCAUCUUCUGCUUUUAAAGGACUUGCAUCCUUGUGAAAACAAAAGGGUUACAUUCCAAGCUGGCACUUCAUCAACUACUGCUCUUCUGUCUGUCAAAGUUCGGCAACUGGAGGUGGUCAAGCCUUUGAAAGAUAAGACCACCAUUGCAGGAGAGCAAGUUGAGUUCACUUGUGUUUUGAAUGAAGCUGUGCCUGAAAGUGAAGUGACUUGGUAUGCAAAUGGCGUUGAGCUUCAAUGUAAUGACCAAUGGGCCAUGAGAGCCAGUGGCUCUUCCUACAGCCUAAUUUUGAAGAAAGCCCAGGCUCAGCACACACAGGAAAUCACUGCAGCUCGGGAUGCCUUAUCAAUAGCCAAACUCAUCACAAUAUCUGUGCCUGAUCCCCCUGAAGACCCAGAGCUGGUUAGUAAAGGCCCAACUUUUGUCACCUUGUCUUGUACACCCCUCAGUGAUGGAGGAAGCCCAAUCAUUGGUUACCGUGUGGAAAUGCGUCUAGUGGACAGUGUCCUCUGGCUGCCCUGCCACACAGAACCAGUGUGCAACACUGAAUUUCUGGUUGAAAACCUCAUACCAGGGGCAGGUUACAGGUUCAGAGUGGCGGCCAUUAACCGCGCUGGUAUUGGAGAGCCUGUCCAGCUGCCUCAAACCGUGACACUUGAUGCACCAGUGACCAUGACCAAAAUGUUAAGCAGCUCUAAGAUCCAAAAAGGAAAGAUGGUUCGUUUAGAGUGUGAACUCUCUACAGAGAGCAAAUCAAUCACAUGGCUCAAGGACAACAGAGAGAUAGAGUUUGGAGUCAAGUACCAAAUGGUAGCAGAAGGAAAGAGCCAAGUUUUGCUCAUAAAGGAUUUCCAGUCUACAGACCAGGGUGUCUAUUCUUGUGUAGCCUCAGAAGAGGCAAAGACUUCAGUCAACGUCAACCUCGAAGGAGAUGACACAACACUUUCUCAGGAUGUGGGCAGCCAGCCCAAACUGCCUCCUGAUGCUGCUUCUGAGGGAGAUUUACAUGCUCUGUGGGAUGCAGUGGCCAAGAAGAGGAGAAUGAGUCGGGAGCCCACAUUAGAUUCAAUUUCAGAGUUGCCAGAAGAAGAUGGAAAAGAAAAGGCCCAGAGCAAAGAAGGAAAAGUACCUGAAAAGGGAGUGAGACCUGUUGAGCCAACUCCCAAGAUCACAGCAGAGCCUAAUCUCUAUACAAGUUCUGAUGAGGAAUCUCUCAGUGGGACAACAAGCUUGGUGUCUUACCUUAAGAAAAGCAGCAAGUCCUCUAUGACUGAGACUAUUGCCUCCACGAAGCUGUAUGAGCACUUCCAGAUGACUGAGCAAUCUGUUACGAAGACAUCUGUAGAGCCCCUCAUGGAAGCUAAGAAAGGGGAUGAGUUGCAAGAGGCUGCUGUCAAGAUUCAGGCAGCCUUCAAAGGUUAUAAAGCCAGGAAGGACAUGCGACCAGUCUUUAAGGCAUUUAAGGAUCAGACUAAGGAGCCCAAUGGGACAAUUCAUCUUGAGUGCAUUGUGGAGGGUAAGCCAGAUAAAGUUCGCUGGCUGAAAGAUGGUGAACCCUUAACAGAUGGCAAGCACCAUCACAUUGACAUCUAUAAUGAUGGCACCUGCUCUCUAGUAGUGACUGCUGCCACAACCAAAGACACGGGUGUAUAUACUUGUGAAGUAUCCAAUAAGUUUGGUGUUUCCACCCAUAGUGGCAAAGUCACUGUAGGGUCACUGCGGGAAUCUUCUGGGCGACGCCCCCUCACUCUGGGCUACAGUGCAGAUAGUGAAGCUGAGAGCUCCUCAGGGAGUGAGAUGGAUGAGACUUUACGCCAAGCAAGUAAACGAUUACGCCGACUUCUUCGCACUCACCUCCCUCCAGAUGUGGAAGAGGAACCUUUUGUUAGUGUGGAUGAAGGAGAUUUACCGCCAACGGAUCUACAGACUUACAGGGAAGACGAUCAGUAUAUCUACAUCCGCUUUGAUAACCGUGCAGAAGCUCAAGUAGCUUCCCAGCGCUUCCAGGAAAUGUUUACUUAUCAAGGAGUGCCCAUCGAAACGGCCAUUAUACCAGCAGCAGGUGCUAAGGUAGAGCUGCGUAUCACAAAGAUGAGUCUCUCCCAGGAUGGCUCCCAAACCCCAACUCAGGACCGACCAAUGCCUGCUUUCAUGACAGGAGCCCCUGCGGCCCCCAUCUUCCUGACGGAGCUCCGUAGCCAAGAUGUUCCUGAUGGGUUUCCAGUCAGUUUUGACUGUGUAAUUGUCGGUAACCCCCCUCCCACUGUGAGAUGGUUCAAGGAUGGAAAGAUGUUGGAGGAAAAUGACCACUACAUGAUCAAUGAAGACCAGGAAGGCCAUCACCAGCUGAUCAUCACAGCUGUGCUCCCCACAGACAUGGGAGUGUACCGAUGCAUGGCUGAAAAUGACAGUGGCAUCACCUCCAGCAAGGCUGAGCUGAGGGUGGACAUGUCUUGCAGCUCAGACUAUGACACAGCAGCUGAUGCCACAGAGACGUCUUCCUAUGUCAGUGCUAAAGGUUAUGUGUCUAGCUCAGAGCACAGGGACACAGAGGCUUUUGAGUCUGUGGCAGAGGACGAGCAGCUUCCUCAGAUUGUGGAUGAGUUACAUGAUUUAUUCCUCAGUCCUGGAGCACCCAUUGCCAAAAUGAGUGUCAGGGUCAAAGGAUUUCCCACACCAAGGGUUUACUGGUUCAAAGACGGCACGCCACUUCAAGCCUCGAGCAGAAUUGUAUUGUCGACCGUGCGAGAUCAACACAGUCUUGAGAUUUUGGAUGUUAAGCGUGAGGACACCGGAGAAUACUCAGCAUAUAUUAGCAAUAUAGCUGGCUCUGCCUACUCUUCAGCACGACUGAAUGUACUGGCUCCUGGAGAGCGCCCAGCACCUGAACAGGGACGAAUGAGAGAUUCAGAGGUGCCACUUGUGCCACCACGCUUCCUGGAGAGGUUCAGCAACAAGAAGGUGAAACAGGGAGCAAGUAUAACGCUGUCAGUCAAAGUGGAAGGCUCCCCAACCCCAUCUGUUAACUGGUUAAAGGAAGUGUCAGAUAAGGAUGUUCUGUGGAUCAAGGCAGACACACAAGGUUACAAGGUGGCCAGCUCUGGCCGUCAACAUAGUCUCAUCCUCAUGGAAGUGGAAAAAAAACAUGGCGGCAUGUACACUUGCAUCGCCACCAACCGUGCUGGACAGUCAGUCAACACAGCCCGACUGGAUGUGGAGACAGCACCAGAGCAAAAGAGACUGGGUUCAGAGGUUCUGGGAAUUACUAUCAGCCCACCAGAGGAACAGGGCAAAGGAGAGAUCAAACCACCUUCCCUGGGUGAAGUGGGUAGUGAGGAAUUCUUACAAAAACUCACAACCCAAAUCACAGAAAUGGUAUCUGCCAGGAUUACUCAAGCUUCAUUACGUGUCCCAGGAGCUGACAGCGAUGAUGAAACAAAAACCCCAUCCCCAUCUCCACAUCAUGGCCGAUCACGCCCUCCAUCUCUGAUCGCAGACUCAUCAUCUGAGUCUGAUGAAGGAGAUGCCAGGGGAGAGAUGUUUGAUAUCUACGUGGUGACCGCUGACUACAACCCCAUGGGGGUCAGUAAAGAUGCCAUCGCUCUGAAGGAGGGUCAGUAUGUGGAGGUUCUGGACUCUGCUCAUCCACUUAAAUGGCUGGUCCGCACCAAGCCCAUGAAAUCCAACCCAUCUCGCCAGGGAUGGGUCUCGCCUGCGUACCUCGACAAAAGACUGAAGCUGUCUGCAGACGUAGCAGACCUCCCAGAGACCACCAGAGAAGAAGUCACAGAGACGGAGUACAAGAAGAAACUCUGUCAACUUGUCCAAGAGCUGAUCAGCACAGAAACUGAGUUUCUGAAGGAGAUGGAGUUCUUCACAUCACACCAUCUGAAGCGUGUGGAGGAGCAGAGCACACCGCCUGAAAUCGCCACCCAGAAGGAAACCAUCUUCCGUAAUAUCAAUGAUUUGAAAUCCUUCCACAGCAGCUCUUUGCUGCCUGGUCUGCAUGAUUGUGACACAGAUGAUGACAUUGCCAUGCAUUUCCUGAGAAACUCUGAAGGGUUUGAGAAAUAUCUGCAGUACUUCAUUGGACAAUUGCAAGCUGAGUCAGCCAUCAGUGAGAAAGAAGUGCACCAGUAUUUCAAGGAUUAUACAGUCUCAGAGUUGGCAAAUGUUGACCCCUCAGAAGGUCCAGUGCUAAGCAUCAAUGCUUACCUUCAGAGACCACCAGAGAGAAUUCAGAAGUACAGGGCUUUACUGAAGGAAUUGAUCCGGAAUAAAGCGAGGAACGGUCAGAACUGCUGUUUGUUGGAGCAGGCCUAUGCCAUGGUGUCAUCCCUCUCCCAGCGCUCAGAAAACACACACCAUGUAUCUCUCAUAGAGAACUACCCCGCCAAUCUGGAGGCGCUGGGAGAACCUAUUAGACAGGGGCCUUUUAUUGUUUGGGAAGGAGCUCCUGGAAUUCGAACACCUUCCAGAGGUCACCACCGCCACGUCUUCCUCUUCAAAAACCAUGUGGUCAUCUGCAAACAGAAGAGAGACACUAAUACAGACACUCAAGCAUAUGUGUUCAAGAAUAUGAUGAAGCUCACAAACAUUGACGUGAACGAGACUGUUGAGAGCGAUGAGAGAGCGUUUGAGAUCUGGCAUGAGCGCGAGGACUCUGUGAGAAAAUACACAUUGCAGGCGCGGACUGUUAUCAUCAAGAACUCAUGGCUCCGCGACCUCCGUGACCUUCAGCAGCGUUACAGCAUGCCAGCCUGGAGCUCUCCAGAUUUUGACGCAGUGUUGACAGACUGCACAGCAGAGCUUGGACAGACGGUAAAGCUCGCCUGCAAGGUCACUGGUGCCCCCAAACCACAGGUCACCUGGUACAAAGACGGACGUGCCGUGGAAGCGGAUCCUCAUCACAUCAUCAUUGAGGACCCAGAUGGCUCUUGCACACUCAUUUUGGACAACAUGACAGCAGACGACUCAGGACAGUACAUGUGCUUUGCCACCAGCUCUGCGGGCAAUGCCAGCACACUAGGCAAAAUCACUGUGCAGGUACCUCCACGUUUCGUGAAUAAGAUCCGUAACGCCACACUUUAUCCAGGAGAAGAUGUUCAGUUCACCUGCACCAUCCAGAGCGCACCAAGUCCCAAGAUAAGAUGGUUUAAGGAUGGUAAACUGCUGACAGACCUGGAGAAGUUUCAGACAUACAGUGAACCGCGCAGUGGAGUGUUGGUUCUAGUUAUCAAGAACCCUGGAGAACGAGACCUUGGACACUAUGAGUGUGAGCUGUCGAACCAUCUGGGCAGUGCCAGGUGUGCGACGCAGCUGAUCACGCCUGCUGUGGCAAUGGCGCGAGAACGUAGAGCAGAUCAGGCCAUCAGUAUAGAAGAGAAAGAGAGGAGAAUAUAGAGGAGAAAAAUAUUUAUUGAGGAGACUAUCACCACAGUGGUGAAGAACACCCGUAUGAAACGGCACGCAUCCCCGCGUCCAUCGCCCAUGGGAGCUCACCGCUCAGAGACAUCCACACCCGAACCGCCCAGACAGAGACGAACCCUGGCCAGGAAGACUGUACCAACGCUGUAUGUUCCAGAGUCAGAGGGUGCCAUGGCCAGGAACCCAAGAUGGGUAGAAGUUGAGGAGAUAAUCGAGUAUAAAGUGAACAAAUCACCCAAGUUACCAAGAAGAAGAGGCGUUUCCCCCAGCAAGUUGUCACCACCUGGCAAUCCAAACACUAAUAACUCCAACAACAAGUUAGUAGAAGAGGCAAUGGGUGCCCCAAUGGCUCUGCAAGCUUCUUCUGGUACGGAUGAAGAGGAAACUGCACAGAAUGUGUCUGAAGUACCUUCAGGGAUCGACAAUAUGACAACAUUAGAAAUUAGUGACCUGUGUGUCUCUGAUGAAGAUGAUGAAGGAACUAUAGUCGUGGAGCCUGAAGACGACGAACUUGAUGCUCGAGAUUGCAAAAUGCUGACUGAUGGGAAUCGAGUUCUUACUCUUGAAGAUCUUGAGGACUACGUCCCUCAGGCAGGUGAAACGUUCGGCAGCGGUACAGACCAUCACAUCCCCGUUGAGAAGCCAAGUGAGAUCUCUGUGUUGCAGAGAGAAAUUAAUGAGUCUGUCAUUGGCAAACCCAUUGUGUUGAACGUGGUACGUCCGGUGCCACCGGCAAAACCUCGCAUGGGAUUCUUUGGCUCCUUCAAGGAACACAUUUCCAGCAUGUUUAGUCCAGGUUCAUCAGCGGGCGGCAGCUCUCAGGCAAGGCGAGAGAAGACCAUACCUAUUCAUGUGACGGGAGAACCUUCAUCCAACUAUUCACGCCAUGCCAGUAGCUUUGCAAGGCUUGAAGUCCAGCCGACGUACUGCUCUGUGGUCCAGAGAGGAAAGGAAGGAGGUCUGCAGAGCUUCAAAACGCAGGUUUCCACACAAACCCGCAACUACACGCCCACUGGACAAGUCACUCUUCAGAUCAGCCAGAAGAAGCCAUUUGAAAAGCAGUAAUUGAGAGGAAACCACUCAGGAUAGAUCCUCCGAUGCUUGUUUCCAGCAUGCCACAUCAGGACAUACAAGUAGGCCUAGUCUUAAAUGGGAACACUUCUGUAAAAUCUUGCAAUCUGGGAGUGUAAUUCAAUCGUAAAGCUUCUGCUAAGAGCAGAUCAUUCCAUGUUGAAGCAAAAGAUUCACAAACUCCUUUAUAUCCCACUGUACCUAAUGAAGACUUUCUAAUUACUAGAGUUCCUGUGAGCUAAUGUGCAGCUGUGCUUCGGAACGGCAAGUCUGACACAACAUGAAUCCUGGUCCUGGAGAACCAACAUCCUUCAGAGUUUAUCUUCAACCAGCUCCAACACAGUUGCCUGGAAGUUCCUAGUAAGUCUGAAGACCUUAAUUAGCUAGUUCCGAUGUGUUUAAUUAGUGUUGUAGGUAAACUCUGCAGGACAGUGGCCCUUCGGGAACAGGUUUGGACACCUUCGGUCUGUUCCCUUGGUCUAAAGCAGAGGUUCUUAUUUUUGGCCCUCGAGGUCCACUUUUAGCUCCAACCUUGAUCAAACUCACUUUUCUGUAACUUUCUAGUAAUUCUAAAGACCUUGAUUAGCUUGUUCAGGUGUGUUUGAUUAGGGUUGGACCUAAACUCUAUAGGAAAUUGGACCUUCUGAGAAUCUCUGUACUAAGAAAUAAGAGGGUGUUUGUGUAUGUCAAGAAAUCCAAAUUUGGACUCAAAAACUAUGAUUUUAUCUGUAUGUAAUUUAUAGGCUGUUUGGAAUUAAUGUACCUCCGCAAUACAUAUAUAUUUGACUGUUUUUCAAACUUUUUCUGUCAAGUUGAUUGCAUGUGCUGUUCUUUGGUGUAAUGCACUGUGGCUUGUUGAAUUUGAGGUCUAUGUUAAUGUAUCAGAAAUCUUGAAUAUGUCAUCCUGCACUGAAGACUAUUCAAUGUGGUCAGCAUUUUAGUGUUGCAAUGUGAAUGUAUGGGGUUUUGUAGAAUGACAAAGCAAUAGUUGUGGGAGAUUUUAAGACUUAAGAACCAUAGCACAAAAUCUAUUUAAUGACUUUAGAAGAUUUAUUUUAAAAAGUAUAUCUUGUGCAACAAGAAGCACAUAGUAUUUACAGAUUUAAAAAAGUUUUGCGAUUUACUGGAGUAAUACUAAUAUAUAUAUGUGUUUGAACUUUAAAUACAAAUACAAAUUUUGUGUCAACCAAAAUUUGCAUGUGUAACAUAAUUUGUAUUGUUUUGGUGGAUCACAUGGUUUGAAAUGUUUUGGUAAAAGCAAAAUAAAUUAGGACUGCCAAGGGUGUUCAGCAGAUAAAAGAAAAAAAAAACCUUGAAUAAAUAUAAAUAAAACAUCUUGGAGUUCUGCUUUACAAAAUAAGAGUAUAUUUGGAUGUGUGUAUUAUAAAUCAGACUUCUGUCCAAUUAUAAACUGAUAUCACAUAACAUUGAUAUUAAAGAAAUGACAGUAAAAAAAAAAAAAA